GCUGGCAGCUCAUCUUAUCUUAGCUUGCACGAGCAGCAGCUAGCUAGCGCUCAUGGCAGCCAUGCGAGGGCCACGAGCGAUCCGGGGUCCCCUCUUCUUCGUGCUCCUCCCCGUUCUGCUGCUAACGACCCAGCAGCUCGCCGGCGGCAGCCCCCCGCCGGACCCCGUGUCCUGCGCGCGCGGCACGUCGGACUGCACGGUCACCAACACGUACGGCUCCUUCCCGGACCGCACCAUCUGCCGGGCCGCCAACGCCACGUUCCCGAGCACCGAGCAGGAGCUGGUGGCGGCCGUGGCGGCGGCGGCCGCCGCCCGGCGCAAGGUCAAGGUGGCCACCAGCCACUCCCACAGCUUCCCCAAGCUGGCCUGCCCGGGGGCGAGCGACGGCACCAUCAUCAGCACCGAGCGGCUGAACCGGACGGUGGCCGUCGACAGGGCCAGGCGGCUCCUCACGGUGGAGAGCGGCAUGCUGCUGAGGGACCUGGUCAAGGUUGCCGCCGACGCCGGCCUGGCGCUGCCGCACUCGCCCUACUGGUACGGGCUCACCGUCGGCGGCAUGCUGGCCACCGGCGCGCACGGGAGCUCGCUCUGGGGCAAGGGCAGCGCCGUGCACGAGUACGUCGUCGGGAUCCGGAUCGUCACGCCCGCGCCGGCCAGCCAGGGGUUCGCCGUCGUCCGGGAGCUCGGCGCCAGCGACCCCGACCUCGACGCCGUCAAGGUCUCCCUCGGCGUCCUCGGCGUCAUCUCUCAGGUUACUCUUGAGCUGCAGCCGCAGUUCAAGCGGUCGGUGACGUUCGUGACGCGCGACGACAAGGACAUGGCGGCGACGCUGCCCGCGUGGGGCAGCCUGCACGAGUUCGGCGACGUCGCGUGGCUGCCGCGGCAGGGCAAGGCCAUCUACCGCGAGGACAACCGCGUCGACGUCUCCACGCCGGGCAACGGCCUCAACAACUACCUCGGCUUCCGGGCGCAGCCGACGCUGGGGCUCCUCACCGCCCGGGCCGCCGAGGAGCGCCUCGAGGAGAACGGCACCGACAUCGCCCGGUGCCUGGCGGCGCGGCUGCCGGCAGCGGCGUUCGAGCUCCAGGCCUACGGCUUCACCAACGACGGCGUCUUCUUCACGGGGUACCCGGUGGUGGGGUUCCAGCACCGGAUCCAGGCGUCCGGCACCUGCAUCGACGGCCGCGACGACGCGCUGCUCUCCGCCUGCACCUGGGACUCCCGCAUUCGGGGCCCCUUCUUCUACCAGGCCGGCUUCAGCGUCGCCAUGGCCAAGGUGCCGGCGUUCGUCGCCGACAUGCAGCGGCUGCGCGACCUCAACCCGCGUGCCUUCUGCGGUCUGGACGCCAAGCUCGGCGUGCUCAUGCGCUACGUCAAGGCCUCCUCGGCGUACCUCGGCAAGGCGGAGGACUCGCUGGACUUCGACGUCACCUACUACCGGAGCUACGCCGACGGCGCGCCGCGGGCGCACGCCGACGUGUACGACGAGCUCGAGCAGAUGGCGCUGCUCAAGUACGGCGCCAUGCCGCACUGGGGCAAGAACCGCAACUUCGCCUUCGACGGCGCCAUCGCCAAGUACCCCAAGGCGGCCGAGUUCCUCAAGGUCAGGGACAGGUACGACCCGUCCGGCAUCUUCUCCAGCGAGUGGAGCGACCAGGUGCUCGGCAUCAAGGGCAGCCCCAACGUCGUCGGCGCCGGCUGCGCCAUCGAGGGCCUCUGCGUCUGCUCCGACGACUCCCACUGCGCGCCGGAGCAGGGAUACUUCUGCCGCCCGGGGAAGGUGUACACGGAGGCCAGGGUCUGCAUGUUCGAACAACGCGACACCACCCGUCUCGUCGACCAACUCUGAAUAGAUUUGUGGUUACUACUAUAUACUAGCACAUUAUUAUUGGUUCGAUCUGUUUGUCCUUAUUAAUUAAUAAUUGCAGAGAGCAUCAUUGUAUUUUGCCUCUGAACUGAGAGAUUUUGUGUACGUGUUGUUUUAAUACGUGUUGGUAACAACUACUGUCGCCGUGCAUUGGGAGCAAUUGAAUGGCAUUAUUGGUUGUCAAAGGCA